GAGUUCGGCAGGGCCUGAUGCCCCCGGAGCUCGUUCCUUCCCAGCCUGAUUGAAUCGGUCUUCACAGAAGUGCUGCGAAUCUUGUGGCCUCGUUUGAAACAAAAGGGAUUAGGAAAAAACUCCUUUGGUUGUAAGACUUUGGAAAGCCAGGGCAGGCAAUCUCGGCUGUGAAUAUUUUCUGAUUUUUCCAGAAAUCAAGCAGAAGAUUGAGCUGCUGAUGUCAGUUAACUCUGAGAAGUCGUCCUCUUCAGAAAGGCCAGAGCCUCAGCAGAAAGCUCCCUCAGCACCUCCACCCCCACCGCCACCCCCACCUCCACCCCUGCCGGAGCCAACCCCACCAGAGCCAGAGGAGGAGAUCCUCGGGUCUGACGAUGAGGAGCAGGAGGAUCCCGCGGAUUAUUGUAAAGGUGGCUAUCAUCCAGUGAAAAUUGGCGAUCUCUUCAAUGGCAGGUAUCAUGUUAUUAGAAAGCUAGGAUGGGGACACUUCUCUACAGUCUGGCUAUGCUGGGAUAUGCAGGGAAAAAGAUUUGUUGCAAUGAAAGUUGUAAAAAGUGCCCAGCAUUACACGGAGACAGCCUUGGAUGAAAUAAAGUUACUCAAAUGUGUUCGUGAAAGCGACCCUAAUGAUCCCAACAAAGAUAUGGUUGUACAACUAAUCGAUGACUUCAAAAUUUCUGGAAUGAAUGGAAUACAUGUUUGUAUGGUCUUUGAAGUACUUGGACACCAUCUCCUAAAAUGGAUAAUCAAGUCCAAUUAUCAAGGCCUUCCCAUCCGUUGUGUUAAAAGUAUAAUUCGACAGGUUCUUCAAGGUCUAGAUUAUCUACACAGCAAGUGCAAGAUCAUUCAUACGGAUAUUAAGCCAGAAAACAUUCUGAUGUGUGUGGACGAUGCCUACGUUCGUAGAAUGGCUGCUGAAGCUACUGAAUGGCAGAAAGCUGGAGCUCCUCCUCCUUCUGGCUCAGCAGUGAGUACAGCUCCACAGCAAAAGCCUGUUGGGAAAAUAUCCAAAAACAAAAAGAAAAAAAUGAAGAAAAAACAGAAGAGGCAAGCAGAGCUGUUAGAAAAACGCCUGCAGGAAAUAGAAGAACUGGAGCGAGAAGCCGAAAGGAAAAAAAUAGAAGAAAAUGUAACCUCAGCUGUACCAUCAAAUGAACAAGAAGAUGAGUACCACCCAGAGGUGAAACUAAAAACAGCUGAUCUCGAAGAGGUCGUAGAUGAAGAAACUGGAAAUGAUGAUGGUGAAACAGAAGAUCAGGAUGAAAAAGAAGACACAGAGAAAGAAAACACUGAAAAAGAUGAUGAUGUUGAGCAGGAACUUGUCAGCAAUGACCCUACAGACCCUAAGUGGAUAGAAUCACCUAAAACAAAUGGCCAUAUUGUGAAUGGCCCAUUUCUAUUGGAACAACAGAUCGAAGAUGAAGAUGACGAAGAGGAAGAAUGUCCAAAUGCAGAAGAGUAUAAUCUUGAUGAGCCAAAUGCAAAAAGUGAUUACUCUUAUAGCAGCUCUUAUGAACAGUUUAAUGGUGAAUUGCCAAAUGGACGUCAUAAAAUUCCUGAGUCACAGUUCUCUGAAUUUUCAGCUUCAGUGUUCUCUGGGGCUCUAGAGUCUGUAGCUUGUGGUUCUGCUGUUUCUGAAGGAUCAACUGUAACAGAAAGAGAGGAAAGCAGCCCAUCUCAUGACAGGAGCAGAACGGUUUCAGCUUCAAGCACUGGGGAUUUGCCAAAAACAAAAACUCGUGCUGCUGACUUACUGGUGAAUCCACUGGACCCAAGAAAUGCAGAUAAAAUUAGAGUUAAAAUUGCUGACCUGGGAAAUGCCUGCUGGGUGCAUAAGCACUUCACAGAAGACAUCCAGACAAGACAAUAUAGAUCCAUAGAGGUUUUAAUAGGAGCAGGUUACAGUACACCUGCUGAUAUCUGGAGUACAGCAUGUAUGGCAUUUGAGCUAGCAACUGGAGAUUAUUUGUUCGAACCACAUUCUGGUGAAGACUAUUCCAGAGAUGAAGACCACAUAGCACACAUCAUAGAGCUGCUAGGCAAUAUCCCAAGGCACUUUGCUCUAUCUGGAAAAUAUUCUCGGGAAUUCUUCAAUCGCAGAGACCACAUAGCUUUGAUCAUUGAACUGCUGGGAAAAAUCCCUCGAAAAUACGCUAUGUUGGGGAAAUAUUCCAAGGAGUUUUUCACCAAAAAAGGAGAACUGCGACACAUUACGAAGUUGAAGCCUUGGAGUCUUUUCGAUGUGCUUGUGGAGAAGUACGGCUGGCCUCACGAAGACGCUGCACAGUUUACAGAUUUCCUGAUCCCCAUGCUAGAAAUGGUCCCAGAGAAACGUGCUUCAGCUGGAGAAUGCCUUAGGCAUCCGUGGCUGAAUUCUUAGCAGAAUUUCUCAGCUAUAAAACAAGCCAGCAACCACUUUUCAAUGCAUCGGACCUAAAUGGUGACUGUCACAAAUCCUCUAGCAGGAUCACACGUGAGCUGGCUUCAAUCCUCAGACCUUUAUUUUGCUUGAGGUACUGUUUGACAUUUUGCUUUUUGUGCACUGUGUUCUUGGGGAAGGGUAGUCUUUUUGUCCUCAGCUAGUAGUUUACUCACCCACUUUCUUCAGAAAACACUUAACGUGUCUUUAAGCAUUGUUUCUUGUGUUGUGUGGCAUUCAGAUGUCAGAUUUUUGAACAAAAGAAACUUCCUCCCAUGUGUUUUGGCAAGUUUUGUAACUAUUUAUGAAAAAACUAUUUUAGCUGAUGCAUAUUAUAUAAUUUACAAGCGUAAGAAAUUUAUGAAGUCAGAAGUGAGUUAUGGCAAGGAACUGUACAAUUUUAUCUUCUGGCAAAGGGACAUCAUUCUUGUAUUAUAGUGUAUGUAAAUGCACCCUGUAAAUGUUUAUUUCCAUUUAAAUACGGGACCGGGGACUCAACUUCAGAGUAAAGCUACUAAGUUUUAGAGAGCUUUAUAGCAAACCAAUUGCAUGUAGUGACUUCAGACUGCUUUAAGGAAUUGUGUAAACUUUCUAUUCUGUAGCAGUUCCCGUUCAUUGGAUUUUAAACAAAGUGGCUCUGGUUUACAGGAUUUCAUUCCCCAAACGGCACUUUAAAGGAAGGCUAGACUUCUUUCUAAUAAAGUAUGCAUUAUCAUUUAGCACUCCCUUUUAGAACUUUUGCCUAUUUUAAGUGCUUUUAAGGAAAGAAAAAAGCAAUUUCCCUUACAAUGUGAUAGUGAAGACAUGGUACCAUAUGGUGUUGCCUUUUUCUAAGCACUGUAAGUUGUACUAUACCUUAAGAAACAAAUUAAAGGUCGAGCAUGAGAACCACUCUGUGUAGAAUUACUGAUCUUUUAUAAUAAAAGUGUGUGCUUGAGUCAGCAAAGGGAGGACAGCUGCAAAUACUUACAGUGCAGUGAGUAAAAUGCAAGAAGCGAGAUCAUGCUCAUCCCAUUCAUAGCUUUACAUGUUUCUAAAACAAAUUGCACUAGCUUUAUUUUUCCCAUAACUAGACAUACAGCUCUUUGUACGUUGCACGCAAAACUACGCUUUCCUAGGAAAAAAGCUACAUAGACUGAGGCUUAUAGGCAAUACAGAUUUUAGAAUGUACGAUACGGAGGUGUGUUGGCCUCUUUUAGAAGUCAGUGGGAUGAAUGUAAGCUUAGUUCUGAUUUUCAUGUAACUAUGGUGCCACUUUUUACUGAUUUUGUCCAUAUGAAAUUUAUUCACAUGCCUUUGCAAUAACUAGAUUGUGAGAAAAUAGCCCCAUGCUGUAACAAUAACCAGUUGUUUGAGGUGCUUGCAGUUGUCUAAUUAAAGUGUUUUGUUUUUUCA